AUGAAGUACAAGAACGAAUUACAUAAGAAAGUUAAUUACGUGAGCGGCUCAAUGGCUCAAGAUCGCUUCCAACAUAUAUUAGUACCUUUGACAAAAAGAAACUUGUUUGUGACACCAUACAAAUUUUUCGGUACAUGCGAUGUCAGGGUGACAAAUUGGUUGAAAUAUCUCACGGAUAACUUUGACGUGGUAUCAAUGAGUGAAGAAGAACGAUUGAGGAUUAUUCAUACAUUUUUAUGUGACGAAGCGUUACUUUGCUAUAUCAAGAGGAAGAAUGACAUUGAAACAUGGAGUGCAUUUAUCGAAGAAAUGCAGAAAGAAUAUUCAAUGGAAGAAAAACACCAUCGUCAAGAUGCAGAUGGUCAAAGGAAUUUUCAACGACAUGUUUAUCAUCAACAACAUGUGCAACGAACGUAUGAUCAGUAUUCAAUGGAGACUAUGAUCUUUGAAGGAACAAUAACAGUGGCGGACUCAGGAGAGUUAGAAUAG